AUAGGAGAGCAGGGAGCGCUAUUUGAAUCGGUGCAGGAGCAGCGCUGUGUUUGGCGGCUCGUUGUUUGGUUGUAUCAGCGGUAGCAGCGAUUUCUCUCAAAUCAUCGGAUCGGUUCUGAGCUUUUUUAAUCGUGGUGCUUGUGUUUAAAACCCGUUCUCAUGGAAGUUUCAGUUCCUCACCGUAAUGCAGAGAACCCAGCGCCACACAAUGGCAAGGCGGGUGAUAUAAAGGUUGGGGCUUUGAGGGCUGUCCUGGGAGAGCUCUCAAACUUUGCUGCCAAGCCUGCAAAGACCACGAAGGGUAUGAAGUCAGCAGCUCAGCCAGCUGCUGUGCAACCUAAACGUGUCCCAGUGGUGCCCGAGAUCCGUCCUCCUGCUUCGGUUGUUCCACCGUUUCAGGCCGGUGUCUCCAUGAAGAUGGAAGAGGAGCUGUGUCGGGCUUUUUCUGAGUCGCUCUGUCCCAUCGAGGACAUCGAUAAAGAUGACGCUGAUAUCCCACAGCUGUGCGCGGAGUAUGUAAAGGACAUCUAUGUGUACCUUCGCAGCCUUGAGGCUCAGCAGGCGAUCAGACCCAAGUACAUGGAAGGUUAUGAGAUUAAUGAACGUAUGCGAGCUCUUCUGGUGGACUGGCUCAUUCAGGUGCACUUGAGGUUCCAGCUGCUCCAGGAGACUCUGUACAUGACCGUGGCCAUCCUUGAUCGCUUUCUCCAGGUUCAGCCGGUGUCUAGAAGGAAACUGCAGCUGGUGGGGGUCACUGCUAUGUUGCUUGCCUCAAAGUAUGAAGAAAUGUAUGUUCCUGAGAUUGGAGACUUCGCCUACAUCACAGAUGACGCCUUCACCAAACCUCAGAUCCGUGAAAUGGAAAUGCUGAUUCUGAGGGAACUGAACUUUGAACUUGGACGCCCCUUGCCUCUUCACUUCCUCAGGAGGGCUUCAAAAGCUGGAAAUGCCGACACUGAGAAGCACACGCUUGCUAAGUAUUUCCUUGAACUGACCCUGUUGGAUUAUGACAUGGUCCACUACCAUCCAUCAGAAACUGGAGCAGCUGCUCUCUGCCUCUCUCAGCUCGUCCUUGAUGGACAGAAAUGGUCUCCAACACAGGAACACUACACAACAUACAGUGAGGCCCACCUGAAGCCCAUCAUGAGACACAUGGCCAAAAAUGUGGUCAAGGUUAACGAGGGCCUCACCAAAUACGUGGUGGUGAAGAAGAAAUAUUCCAGCAGCAGGUUGAUGAAGGUGAGCCUGAUGCCCCAGCUGAAAUCUGCUGUGGUUAAGGACCUCGCUGCUCCUCUGCUGAACUCAUGAGCUUCCUCAAAGAAUGACAAAUGACAAUACAAAUCUGCACUUUACUUCUGAUCAGCUGUUGGAGAUGGGCUUUUAACUACAUUUGUGUAUCUGUGUGUAUGUAUAAAUAAAUGCCUUUUACCUUUUGAUAUUUUAUGGA